AUGGCAGCUAACGGGAAUGAGCCACCUACACCACGCGGGGAGCAACCCUGGUCACAGUCUCAGUGUCCUCCGCAGGCCGAUACUCGCGAUGCGACAAGCGACAAUCACCAUUGCCCUGCUUGUCCAGUCUCAACGGUUGCCGAUGAGCCCGACUUUUCUUAUGCGUCAACUGAUUCGCCGAAUUUAAUGUUUCCUAUCGAAAGUUUCGACCUCCUCGAAAUGGAUCUCGGCCAGCAACAAACACCUAGUCAUCCGGUCCAAAGGCCGCUCAAAUCUCUCGAAACUUUGAUGACCAAGUUGCGAUCACACUAUCCUCACAACAAUCAAUUUCUUUGA